UCGCAUUCUUGUUGAGUGAGUGCAUUAGUAAACUUUUGAAACAUAUCAGCAAUCCAUUUGCUGUUCAUAAUCGCCCCAAUGCUUCGUAACAGUUGCUUGGUCGGCGCCCCGUUUAAGAGUGUUUUGCGGCGACAUAAAUUCCAUCCCGAGGGCCUACCGCUGUACAACGAUAUGUCUAAGCAAUGGCUCUGCCGCGAAGGGGAGCGAUGGUGGAUUUUAGAUGCCAGCGGUGAGCAGCUGCCGCGUGUGGCGGCUGUCGCGAGCCAGUACAUGACAGGGCAGCAUAGACCAGACUUCACUCCUGGCAUGCUGACGGGCGAUCACGUUAUUAUUAUCAACAUCAAGGAUGCCGUCAUGACGGGGGAUUCGUGGAUACGGGUACCAAUCACAUGGCAGACGGCUUAUCCGGGCGGUAAGUACCGCGUCCGCCUUUCUGAGAUGUAUGAACGUGAUCCAUGUAUGAUCAUGUGGUGGUACCUGAAGGACGAAGUGAAUAGACAUUUUGUAAGGAAACUCAAAACACGCGUCGCGCCACUCGAAAAGGCAUGGCUGUACGAAGAUAGUAUCCACCCGCAUGCCGACAAAAACCCUCGUCCCCUGAUUUGGAAUGACUUAGAGGUGAAAGGAUGGAAAUAUAGGGACCCGAUGUUUCAGCAACGCUGGAAGCCGAAUCAGUUUAUGUGUUGAUGAAAUUCGCGUUCGUUUCUUUGUUUCGGGUGUGGAUGUAUGGGUAGGUGGGUUUUGCUAUGGGGGAGGUACCUUUGUUGUUCUUUAGAAAAAUAUCGUGUGCUCUCUUCUUGGUUUUGCAUCUUCUACACGGUUACA